GCAGCUCUCCAGCCUCUCUGCAGCUGCUUUCCAUCCUGCAGAAUAUGCUGUUGCUCGGACCAGGCCGAACCGAUAUCUGGCUGGCUCUGGAGUCCAUCAACGAUAGAGCCAUGCUCCUCGCUCAGGACUAUGGAGUCCUGUGAGAAGAUCAUGCAGCGGCUGAUGCUUUUCAAGGGGUGGAGCUCUGAAGGUCAUCAUGAGGUAGAUGGUCUUGUUCUGAAAGUGGACAAAGCUGUUCAGACCGGUCUGGAUGAGGACGACGGAGACAAGCCAGGCAUGAACGCAACGUCCUCCAAGAACCCUCCAUGUGCUUCUCCUCCUCCUCCUCCACCACCACUACCUGGCGGGCUUGGUGGACCUCCUCCUCCAAUGCCUGGAAUGCCUCCACCCCCUCCACCUCUACCUUGUGCUUCAGGCAUGCCUCCCCCUCCACCACCAUUACCAGGAAUGGGUGGUGCCCCACCACCACCUCCUCCAUUACCUGGGAUGCCUCCUCCCCCCCCUGGCAUGAUAGUGCCACAGACUAGCCAGAUCCUGGGGUCCGCUACAUCAGCAAAGCCGGGCAGAUUUCCCACGCUGAAGAUGAAGAAGCUCAACUGGCAGAAACUUCGCUCGGUCACAGAUGGUCAAUCCAUGUGGGCGUCGGUUCAGAAAGAACCACCUCCUCAUGAGCCAGAUUACAGCAGCAUCGAGGAGCUCUUCUGUCUGCCUAGAACUGAUCUCAAAGACAAGGCAGCACCUACUCCUGUGAAGAAGGAACCUAAAGAGAUAACAUUCAUCGAUCCAAAGAAAAAUUUGAAUAUGAACAUUUUCCUGAAGCAGUUUAAAUGCACAAACGAAGAGUUUGCAGCCAUGAUCCAGAGUGGAGACCGAAGCAGGUUUGAUGUGGAGUCGCUGAAACAGCUUAUGAAGCUCCUACCAGAGAGACAUGAGAUUGAGAAUUUGAAGUCCUUCCAAGGAGAAAAAGACAAGCUGGCGAAUGUUGAUCGCUUUUACACCUCCCUGCUUAAUAUACCAUGUUAUCAGCUUAGAAUUGAAUGCAUGUUGCUAUGCGAGGAGACUGCAUCGCUGCUGGAGAUGCUCAGACCUAAAGUGAAGCUGGUGGAGGAGGCCUGCCAGUCUCUCAAGAUUAGCACCCUAUUGCCCAGUUUCUGCAGACUCAUCCUCUGUGUUGGAAAUUUUCUCAACUAUGGAAGUCACACAGGGAAUGCCGAGGGCUUUAAGAUCAGCUCUCUGCUCAAGUUAACGGAGACAAAAGCCAACAAGAGCCGCAUCACACUGCUCCAUCACAUCCUGGAGGAGGCAGAAGUGAAACACCAGGAGCUGCUGGCUCUGCCAGAUGACAUAGAGAUAUGUCAGAAAGCAGCAGGGGUCAAUUUGGACUCUAUGCAGUCGGAAACUGGUCUUUUGCUUAAACAGCUUAAUGACGCUGCCAAGAAAGUGUCCAACUCUGUGGAUGAGGUGAAGGAGCAAUACUCAAAAAUCCUUGAGGAAAACCUAAAGGCAUGCCAAGCUUUAAAUGAGAGAUUUGAAGAGCUCGGGAGGCAGAGGAGCGACCUGGCUGUCUACUUGUGCGAAGAUGCGAGUCAGCUGUCGCUGGAGGAGCUCUUCGGAACCAUCAAAACUUUCAGAGAACUUUUUCUUAAAGCACUUAAGGAAAACAAAAUGAGGAAAGAACAAGUAGCGAAGGCUGAGAAGAGAAAGAAGCAGCUGGCAGAUGAAGAAUCCAAGAGACAGAGGGGAGUGAACGGAAAAAUAAUAAAAAAAGGCAUCAUGCCACAAAACGAUGGCUGCAUCAUUGACCAUCUCUUGGCGGACAUUAGGAAAGGUUUCAGCCUGAGAAAGACCCGGCCAAGGUGCGAUUCGGAAAGCCUCUCCCGUAGUGAAUUGCAUAGAGAUGCCUGCCCACCUGGUACAGGUGUGAUGUCUGCCGACGAAGGAGUCGCAUCCUCCACUCCCACCAAGCCUCAGACAGAGGAUCUCCAGCGUCACGGAGGCGAAGUGAACGGCUUCAUCAGCCCUUCAGAGGAGACUCCACCGCCUCCUCAGCUCAGUGCAGCCCAAGAUGGGACAGCGCUGCCUCCCAACCAACCACCAGGAGAGGCAGCCAUAACGACAGAGACUCCUCUGGAAAGGCCAGCAUCUCUACAGGAUGGUCAAUGCUUAGGGAAACCCACACCACCUCAGGCUGAAGUUCAGCCCAGUCCUGACACGAACAGCUUUUCUCCUGAUUCAACAGAGACUAGCGUCUUCAGUCCUUCAUCCCUCUCUGAUUCAGACCUGCUUGAGGCUGUACUGGACAGUGCUUCGAGUGUGGUCCCUGAGGUGUCGGAAGAUUUAGAUGUUAGCAAAAGCCUUAAUACCAAUAAAGGAUCAUCUGUUGCAGAUACUAAUGGGAAAUGUAGUGAAGUCACUGAACAUGAUCUCAAAAAAAGCAGCUUAUCAGGAGCAAAUGGAAAAGAAGCGGGUGAAGAAAAGGGAAACGUAACGGAGAGAAUAUGCGGGGAGGAUGAAGUUUGGAGUGAAAAACGCUCAGAAACUAAAAUAAGGGGGGUUCCACUUGAUGAAGGCAUCAGUGGGUGUGACGUCCCGGAUGGCCUGGAGCCAGAAGAUCCACCGACGGUUUCAGAGGUGUCCGUCUCUCUUGAACCAGAACCAAAGAUACAGCUGAAGCUCUUCCGGCGAAGCAAAAAGAGGAGCAAUCAAGGUGGGAAAAGUGAGAAAGGACACACUAAACAUAAAUCAGGCUGUGUGUUGCAGUGAGGUGAUUCCAGAAAAAGGAAAUCAAGAAGAAAAAGAAAAUGUUAAUUUCAUGCUGGAUUUCUAAGAUGGAGGAACUGUUUUAUUUUGUGAUUUAAAACGAGAAUAAUUACUAUAUAAACUCUCUAAGGACGUUGGAGAAGCCUGCCUUCUACAAAAAAAACCCAUGACUAAGAAAAGUUGAAACAUCCAGGGCUCUGAUUGUUACAACAUGGGUGUUAAAGUGUCACUUUAUGUAAAUCAAAACUUGUUUAUAUCAAUAGUAAGCUGUUCUAAAAUAUUUUCAUUGUGCUUUAUAUGUUUCUAUGUUUGUAUAUUUUGUAAUAAUUAGUGAAGUGUGUAAAAGUUCAGUUUACCCAGCAGCUACCAAUGAGUAGAUGUUAGUCUUAAUUUAUCCAAAAUGUUUUUGUCUUGUUUAUAUAUUUAACAAUCUGUAAAGGAAAAAAAAUAAUUAAAUGUAAGUUUUAUUCUUGAAUAUAUUUUAAUAAAAUUGACUGUACUGUUACUUACUUGACCCAAGUGUUCUCCCCCAGGCUUUUUGCUGGGUGCUUCAUAAUAAAGAUUGCCGUGAUACACA